AUGGGAGAUGAAGACUGGGAAGCGGAAAUAAUCAAACCUCAUAUGUCUUCCUACGUUCCUGUAUUUGAGAAGGAUAGGUAUUCUUCUGGAGCAAAUGGAGACACUUUUAACAGGACUCCUGCUUCAUCAUCAGAAAUGGAUGGUGGACCUUCUCGAAGAGAUCAUUUCAUGAGAAGUGGAUUUGCCUCUGGGAGGAGUUUGGGAAACAGAGAUGCUGGUGAGUCUAAUAAAAGAGAGAAUACUACCACAGUGGGUAGUUUUGGAGCUGGAAAGGGUUUUGGAAACAGAGAUUUUUCAAACAAGUUUGAAGAAGGUGAUACCUCUGGUUUCUGGAGAGAGUCUAAUAAUGACUGUGAAGAUAAUCAAACACGGAACAGAGGGUUUUCCAGGAGAGGCGGCUAUCAAGAUGGAAAUGAUUCAGAAGCUCCAGGGGCAUCCAGAAGAGGUGGAAGAGGUAGUUUCCGAGGUUGCCGUGGAGGAUUUGGUCUAGGAAGUCCAAAUAGCAAAUAUGAACAAGAUGAGGGGACACAGCGCACUGGUGGCCUCUUUGGUUCUAGAAGACCAGCAUUAAGUGGUGCAGGUAAUGGUGACACUUAUCAAAGCAGAAGUUGCAGUGGAAGUGGACGAGGUGGUUACAAAGGUUUAAAUGAAGAAGUAAUAACAGACUCUGGAAAGAAUACUUGGAAGUCAGAAGCUGAAGGAGGAGAAGGUGGUGACGUUCAAGGCCCAAAAGUGACCUACAUACCACCUCCCCCACCUGAGGAUGAGGACUCCAUCUUUGCACAUUAUCAGACAGGCAUAAACUUUGACAAAUAUGAUAAUAUUCUUGUAGAAGUAUCUGGACAUGAUGCCCCACCAGCAAUUCUGACUUUUGAAGAAGCUAAUCUGUGUCAGACACUGAAUAACAACAUUGCUAAAGCUGGUUAUACUAAGCUUACUCCUGUGCAAAAAUACAGUAUUCCUAUUAUACUAGCAGGACGAGAUUUGAUGGCUUGUGCUCAAACAGGAUCUGGAAAGACUGCAGCUUUUCUUCUGCCAAUUUUGGCUCAUAUGAUGCGUGAUGGAAUAACUGCCAGUCGUUUUAAAGAGCUGCAGGAGCCAGAGUGUAUUAUUGUAGCACCAACUCGAGAAUUGAUCAAUCAGAUCUAUUUGGAAGCCAGAAAAUUUUCUUUUGGGACUUGUGUAAGAGCUGUUGUUAUAUAUGGGGGAACCCAGUUGGGGCAUUCAAUUCGACAAAUAGUACAAGGCUGUAAUAUAUUGUGUGCUACUCCUGGGAGACUGAUGGAUAUCAUAAGUAAAGAAAAGAUUGGUCUCAGACAAGUCAAGUAUUUAGUUUUGGAUGAAGCUGAUCGCAUGCUGGAUAUGGGUUUUGGACCAGAAAUGAAGAAAUUAAUUUCCUGCCCAGGAAUGCCAUCAAAGGAACAGCGUCAAACCCUUAUGUUUAGUGCAACUUUUCCAGAAGAAAUUCAAAAGUUGGCUGGGGAGUUUUUAAAGUCGAAAUACUUAUUUGUUGCUGUUGGACAAGUGGGUGGAGCAUGUAGAGAUGUUCAGCAGACCAUUCUCCAAGUUGGCCAGUACUCAAAAAGAGAAAAACUUGUCGAAAUUCUACGAAACAUAGGUGAUGAAAGAACUAUGGUCUUUGUUGAAACUAAGAAGAAAGCAGAUUUUAUUGCCACUUUUCUUUGUCAAGAAAAAAUAUCAACAACAAGUAUUCAUGGUGAUCGGGAGCAGAGAGAGAGAGAGCAAGCUCUUGGAGAUUUUCGCUGUGGAAAAUGCCCAGUUCUUGUUGCUACAUCAGUAGCUGCCAGAGGGCUGGAUAUUGAAAAUGUUCAACAUGUUAUCAAUUUUGAUCUUCCUUCUGCCAUUGAUGAAUAUGUUCAUCGAAUUGGGCGUACUGGUCGUUGUGGAAAUACUGGCAGAGCUGUUUCCUUUUUUGAUCCUGAAUCAGAUAGCCAUUUAGCACAGCCUCUAGUGAAAGUACUGUCGGAUGCUCAACAGGAUGUUCCUGCAUGGUUGGAAGAAAUUGCCUUUAGUACAUAUGUUCCUGGCUUCAGUGGUAGUACCAGAGGAAGUGUGUUUGCAUCAGUUGAUACUAGAAAGAAUUACCAGGGCAAGAGCACUUUGAAUGCAGCAGGGUUUUCUUCUUCACAAGCUCCCAAUCCAGUAGAUGAUGAGUCAUGGGAUUAA